AUGAAUGGAAAGAGAAAGGGGCUUAAAGAUAAUAAGCCCAUUGGUGUAACAAAGAGUAUGCUAGCAGUGAGGCAAGAAUUAUAAAACUAUGGAGUUAAGGAUAAAUUUUCAAACAUUCUGGCUAAAGAUAACAGAAGAUAUGGUAAUUAGAGGGAAAUGCAGUAGUCAUAAGCAAAUGCUGAGUAGGAGUUUGAGGAAAAUCCCGAGGCAUUAUACCCUCCAAUGCAAGUACCUAAUAGACCCAGAGGAGAACUACCUGAUUUCAAUGCAUUAUAAAGGCUUAAUUAUACAGAUCCUAAAAAGAAAGAAGAACUUUUGAAAAUUGUAGAUUGCGAAAGAGAUUUAAUAUAAAGAAUGCAGAGUUCCUCAACAUUUUUGUUGUUCAAUGAAAAUAAAGAUAUGACAGGAAAAGAUUAAUUGAGAAAAUAGCUUGCCUCUUAAUAUAUUGAAACUCUUUUUGAAACAUAGGGUUAAUUGUUCCCUCCAUAAAUAGUCUCAAUUAAACCAUAAAAUUUAAACAGGCAAAUUCAUCAAUAAUCUUCAAAGUAAGAGGAACUAAAGAGAAAAUAAAACCAAUUAAAAGCGAAACUUUCUCUCAGAGAACACUAAAAAUAAAUACUUAUGAAAAGAUUACUUUAACAAACGAAAGUUACCCUUAAUGAUGAUAACAAUAAGUUUUAGAUUCAUGAGAGGGGAGCUGUUGAUGAUGAUGAGAAUUAAUAUAUGAAAGGUGAGAAACCUAUCAAAAGAUUAAAGACUGAAUCACCUAAGAAGCAAUAAAAUGGAGGAAAUAUGAGUGCAAGUGAUGUUGAAGACUCUAAAGCUAGCAUCAAGAAAAAUGAGUUACCUUCUGAGAAAGAUGAAGAAGAAGAGGACGAGGAUGAGAACUUACUUAAGAAGAAGAUUAAAAAUGAAAACGAAGAGGAUGAUGAUGAAGAAAAUAAUGAUCAACCUGAGUUUGAGUAAGAUGAGUAUUAUGGCGAAGAUUUGAAUGAAUAUGAUGGAGGAGACGAUGAUGAUGAUGCAGGCUACGGAUCUGAUUGA